UUUCACCGACAGACUUUGCAUAUUUGCAUGUAUGGACUCCAUUUUCGCACCUGCAGCCAUGUUCCCCAUUUCUCUUAUUAUUUUCUUCUUAUCUUUGCCUUCUGUUCUUCAUUCUCUCAACUAUGUAAAGCUGCCACUCCCUUUGUUCGCAGUAGGCCCUGAGUCUUCUGCUUUUGAUGCUGCUGGUGCUGGCCCUUACACUGGUGUUGCCGAUGGCAGAAUUCUCAAAUAUGUCAAUCCGAGUGUUGGUUUUGUAGAUUAUGGUGUCACUUCACCCAACAGGUCCAAGGCACUGUGUGUUGGCUACAGCAUCCCAGCUCUAGGACCUACAUGUGGGAGGCCACUAGGUUUGGGAUUCAACAACUUAACAGGAGACCUCUACAUCGCUGAUGCUUAUCUCGGCCUUCUGGUGUUGCCGAAAAAUCAGACAAUUGCAACACAACUUGCCACAAGUGCAAACGGGGUACCCUUUCGCUCUCCCGAUGGAUUGGACGUUGAUCCUGUAACUGGAGAUGUGUAUUUUACAGAUGCCAGUGCUGUUUACCGAAUAAGUCAAAUUCUACUUGCAAUUGCCAAAAACGAUUCAACAGGAAGAUUGUUAAAGUAUGACAUUAAAACCAAACAGGUUACUGUGUUACUUAAGGGGCUUUCAGGUCCUGCGGGGACUGCUGUCAGUCCUGAUGGCACGUUCGUUCUUGUGACUGAAUUUAUUGGGAAAAGAAUUCAGAAGUAUUGGCUUAAAGGUCCAAAAGCUAACACAGCUGAAGUUCUCAUCACCUUCAAAGGGAGGCCAGACAACAUUAAGAGGAAUCGGGGCGGAGAUUUUUGGGUGGCGGUGAACCAAGAAACAAUUAUUCCACUAGUUAUGAAACCUGAGGGAAUAAGACUCGAUGCAAAUGGAACUGUUAAGGAAUCACGGCCGAUAAAUCUCCAAUACGGAACUACAUUGGUCAGUGAAGUUCAGGAGUUCUCUGGAGCACUUUACAUAGGAUCAAUGUAUACCAAUUUCAUUGGCGUGUACAAGUAGAAGGGGUCAUGACUGGCAUGUAUCGGCAUACUAUUUAAUAAGGCUUUCAAUAAUAUUAUCUCAGGAUGGUCUUGUUUACAGGCCUCAGAAAAAAACGGAUAAUAAUAAUAAUAGUCACGAUUUUUGCUGCCGAUAGAUUCAUCCAAAUUAAGUUGUAAUAUUACCUGUUACUUCAAAUUAAUUUAAAC